ACAGAAUCCUGUUGUAGGUUUCGUCCGUUUCAGCUAUCCGUUCUUGGCGGCUGCUUGAUCUCCUUCACAGCUACAUCGUCGUCCUCCCAUCUUCUUGCAGAUUACUCGGUGAUAUAUAUCACUCUCGAGGAACUAAAAUGGCGGAUGAGGAACUCACUGAUCCAAAACUGUAUCUUGAGGAAACUUGCAAGCCAAAGUGUGUAAAACCUUUUUGGGAGUAUCAGGCGUGCAUUAAAAGAAUCAAAGGGGAUGAAUCCGGACAGAAGCAUUGUACUGGACAGUACUUCGAUUACUGGAAGUGUGUCGAUGAGUGUGUUGCACUUAAGGUUUUUGAGAAACUGAAGUGAUCAGAGGAUGAAUGAUGGUUGCACUUAGAUUUUUCCCAUCAGUUGCUCUUUAUUGUGUUUCGGCAGAGGAUCAAUUUUCUGCGAACCCUUGCAAAAGUAAUAAUGGAAAAAUGAUUGUUUUAAAAUACCAUUUAAGUGGCGUUCCCUGUGUUGUGUUCGGCCAUUUUCUUC